AUAUUGUACCCUACGAGAAAAUUGCCUGCCAUAGUUGAUGGAAGAUUCAAGCUUUUUGAAAGUCAUGCAAUUCUUAUCUAUGUAUUCCCUGGAGUUCCAGAUCAUUGGUAUCCGGCUGAUGUAUUCAAGAGAGCCAAAAUUCACUCAGUAUUGGAUUGGCAUCACUCAAAUUUACGCAGAGGGGCCGGUAUUAAAUUCUUUGUUUUCGUUUUGGAUGAAGAGGAUCGGAAUCGAAUACUCAGCCCGCACAAAAAAGUUGAGCAAUGGAUUGAGGACACAAAACAAGUAACGAGGCCUCAUUUUGAUGAAGUGCACAAAGUCAUAUUUAAAGCUAAAGAAAGAUUCCAGAAGCAGAGGUCAAUGGGUGCAACAAACAGUGAGACUGAACCGAAAUUAACAUUAGAGUCCAAGAUGUAAAGAAUUUUGGUGUUCAUGCUGACCGUAUGUACUGUAUAUGAGACCAAUGCUUGUUGCAUCAUUUAAUAAAGGUUUCAAUAUUU